ACCUCCCUCCCUCCUCUCUCUGUCAUCAGAGGUUUUGUCAGCUUUUGAAAACCAAGCUCAAUCAAUUUUGUUUUUUAUUCCUAUCCUCUCUCCAAUCAAUUUUGAUGGUAUUGUAAAUAGAUAAGAAGAAGGAAAGACAAAAUUCGAACUUGAUCUUCCCUUUUCGGAUUUCGUAUUCUCAAAGCCGUGUUUCUUCCGUGGGGGGGUAAAAACGAUUAUGCUCUCUGGGGUUCCUUGUUCUUUCGUCUUUUGACUGACGAUUUGGUCGGAUCACAAAGAUCAUGCUUAUCCCCUUUUCGUCUCUUUCUUAUGGGUUUGUUGCUUAAUACAAAAAAGCAUCUCGCUUUUGGUGGAAUCAAGGAUUCCCGGCUUUUGCCCUCUUCUCCUGAACCAGCGGAUGCAAUCAGACAAAAGUGCUUUGUGAUCGUUCGAGCCUCUUGCAUGUUCAUCUCAGAGGGAUUUUGCCCCAAGGGCUUCAGAUUCUCAGGUUGAACUGGCGUUUUAGUGGUGAAGAAAGUACGCUUUCGGUUUGUUUGAUUGGAAAAAACUGAGUUAAAAUCGGCUCAAUUUCUUCGCGAAUUGGACUGGAGUCAAGAUCAAGUCGUUAAAUUCAAGUUCGAGUUUGGUUGCUGGCCCUGAAAAAAUGGCGGCAAGGGCUGAUGCUUCGAUCGGAGAAGGCAAUGAGACGAUCGAAGGGAACUUGGGAAAUAUGUGGGCUUUGGAGCAGAAGCUUGAUCAGCCUAUGGAUGAAGAAGCCAACAGGCUCAAAAACAUGUACAGAGAAAAGGGAUAUUCAAUGAUGUUGCUUACGAGACUGGCGUUUCAGAGUCUGGGGAUCGUUUAUGGCGAUUUGGGCACCUCUCCAUUGUAUGUGUUUAACAAUACAUUCCCUCAUGGAAUCGAUGACCCUGAGGAUGUAAUCGGAGCUCUUUCUUUGAUCAUUUACUCGCUUUUCCUUAUCCCACUCGUCAAAUAUGUCUUCAUCGUUUGCAAAGCCAACGACAAUGGUCAAGGUGGGACUUUCGCCAUAUAUUCGUUGCUCUGCAGACAUGCAAAUGUGAAGCAGAUUCCUAAUCAGCAACGCAGCGAUGAAGAGCUUACCACGUACAGCCGAACGUCUCUUCCAGAAGGGUCAUUUGCUGCGAAAACCAAGAAAUGGUUGGAGAAGAAAAAUGCCAGAAAAAGAAUACUUCUGGUCUUUGUUCUUGUCGGGAGUUGCAUGAUGAUCGGUGAUGGCAUCCUGACACCAGCCAUCUCUGGUACGUGUCUACUGCUUCACCUUCUUAUUCUUCUUCAGAUAUCUUUUGAAGUUUCACAGAUCAACAGAUUACCCAAAUGUUACAUUUUCGCAGUUCUUUCAGCUUCCGGUGGGAUCAAAGUCAACAAUCCAGACAUGAGCAGCAACAUCGUGGUACUUGUGUCGAUUAUCAUAUUAGUCGGCUUGUUCAGCAUGCAGCACUAUGGCACUGACAAAGUCGGUUGGCUUUUCGCGCCUAUUGUGAUGAUCUGGUUUCUCUCCAUUGGAGGCACUGGUAUAUACAACAUCUUCAGAUACGAUCUAAGCGUCCUGAAGGCUUUUUUACCGCAGCAUGUGUAUUUGUACUUCAAGAAGAGAGGACGAGAAGGUUGGAUUUCCCUCGGAGGCAUCCUGCUUAGUAUCACGGGAACAGAGGCAUUGUUUGCAGACAUUGCUUAUUUCCCGGUUUCAGCCAUUCAGCUCGCUUUCACGGUUGUUGUGUUCCCUUGUCUUCUCCUAGCGUAUAGUGGUCAAGCAGCUUACCUUAUGAAAAACAAGGAACACUACGCCGAUGCAUUCUAUAAAUCUAUCCCGGGGAGUAUAUAUUGGCCGAUGUUUGUUGUAGCAACGGCAGCAGCAAUUGUUGGAAGCCAAGCUACGAUAUCGGGCACAUAUUCGAUAAUAAAACAGGCCGUAGCUCACGGGUGUUUCCCGAGAGUCAAAGUCGUGCAUACUUCCAAGAAGUUCCUCGGUCAGAUAUACUGUCCCGAUAUCAACUGGAUACUCAUGCUCUGCUGCAUCGCUGUGACCGCUGGCUUCAAGAAUCAGAAUCAAAUCGGAAAUGCAUAUGGGACGGCGGUGGUGAUUUUGAUGCUCGUGACCACAGUGCUCAUGGUGCUGAUCAUGUUGCUCGUAUGGCGGUGCCAUUGGACCAUCGUCCUUAUAUUCACCGUACUGUCUUUCGCGGUAGAGGGAGCGUAUUUCUCGGCGGUUCUCCUCAAGAUUAACCAAGGAGGAUGGGUACCACUCAUCAUAGCGGCCGUGUUCUUUCUGGUAAUGUCGAUCUGGCAUUACGGAACUGUCAAAAGGUAUGAGUUCGAGGUUCACAGCAAAGUCUCCAUGGCUUGGAUCCUGGGACUUGGCCCCAGCCUCGGGCUUGUCCGUGUCCCGGGGAUCGGACUCGUCUACACUGAGCUAGCCAGCGGUGUCCCUCACAUUUUCUCGCAUUUCAUCACAAACCUUCCGGCGAUUCACUCUGUCGUGGUGUUCGUCUGCGUCAAGUACCUUCCCGUCUACACUGUCCCGGAGGAAGAGAGGUUUCUCGUGAAGAGAAUAGGCCCCAAGACUUUCCGAAUGUUCCGCUGCGUCGCCAGGUACGGUUACAGAGAUCUGCACAGGAAAGACGACGAUUUCGAGAACAAGCUCUUCGAGAACAUCUUCUCGUUCGUCCGGAUCGAAUCGUUGAUGGAGCCAGCUUCAAACUCAGAUGCUAGCAGCGUUUACAUCAGCCAACAGACACAGCAAUCGAGAGAGGCUCUGAUCAACAACAACAACAACAUAGACAUGUUCUCAUCCAUAGUGGAUUACACGGUGUCGACAUUGGACACAAUCGUGCCGGUGGAUUCUCCGGCGAACGGGAAUUGCAGUCGGGGAAACACGGUCACGACGGCAGAGGAGGACGAGACGGACGAGUUGGAGUACAUGAAGGAGUGCAGAGACGCAGGCGUAGUGCAUAUACUCGGGAACACGGCGGUGAGGGCGAGAAGGGACUCGUUGCUGCCCAAGAAGAUAGCCAUAGAUUAUGUGUACGCUUUUCUCAGGAAGAUCUGUAGGGAGAAUAGCGUCAUUUUCAACGUUCCUCAUGAAACCCUUUUGAACGUUGGUCAAGUCUUCUACGUGUAAACUCUUUUUUUUUUUUUGUAAAUCACAAUACGAAAUAAUAGAAAAACAAAAAUUGAAC